AUGUGGGCACAUGGCGUCCCGUGCGGGCAGCGGCUCCAGCGCUCGGCAGGGAAUGCCCGUCCCCGCUGGAGAGCCCUGCUCCCGGUGCAGCCCGCUGGGUUUAACCCCUUGGAGUCGGGAAUGCUUGGGGAGCUCCGUGUGCCAUGCAAACUUCAUGUUAAACACGGCUUGGAAGGGAUAAGGAGGAUUGGCAGGAGGCCUGACCAGCAGCAGCAGCAGCAGCAGGGCGAGGGCAAGCCCAUCGACAGGAGACCCGAGCGACGGCCUCCCCGCGAGCGCCGCUUCGAGAAACCCGCCGAGGACAAGGGCGACGGAGGAGAGUUCUCCGUGGAUAAACCCAUCCUGGACCGGCCCAUGCGUGGCCGUGGCGGCCUGGGCCGGGGCCGUGGCCGUGGGCGCGGCAUGGGCCGAGGCGACGGCUUUGACUCUCGUGGCAAGCGGGAAUUUGACAGACACAGCGGCAGCGAUAGAUCUUCUGUUUCACAUUCACAUUUCAGCGGCCUAAAGCACGAGGACAAGCGCGGUGGCAGCGGAUCACACAACUGGGGAACCGUCAAAGACGAGCUAACUGAAUUGGAUCAGUCAGCUGUAACUGAGGAAACGCCGGAGGGAGAGGAGCAUCCGCCUGCUGAUUCUGAAAACAAGGAGAAUGAGGUUGAAGAGGUGAAGGAGGAAGGCCCCAAGGAGAUGACCCUGGAUGAGUGGAAAGCCAUUCAAAGCAAGGAUCGUGCAAAAGUCGAGUUCAACAUCCGCAAACCCAACGAGGGAGCUGAUGGGCAGUGGAAAAAAGGAUUUGUGCUCCACAAGUCAAAGAGCGAGGAGGUAAAGUGCCUUCCCACACUCUGA